AAACAUAACUUUUUUGUGGCAAGCAGUACUGUUUGGCCAAUCUUUUAUAUCCAAAAGGCUGUCAUUGUAUUUGUGAAUUUCUUGUGAUUUGCUGGCGACUGCUUUGAUUUCCACUUAAAAAGCAUAUUGUGGCUUGAUUUAACUAUGAAGCGAAUCGCCUUUAUUCUUCUGACAAAUUUGCUCUUGGUGGAAGGUCGCAAACUCUCCAUCUGGGAAGAUGAAAAAGAGCGAAAAGCAGAUCUUGAUGAGAGAGAACGAAGGAUGCCUCAGUACUGCAGAUCCAACGAUGACUGUGGUCAGUCUGGUUGCUGCUUUGAGUUGACCCACGAGUGUUUUCCGCUAAAAGGAGAAAAAGAGGCGUGUUUGCCGGAGUCCUGUCCAUGCAAGCCAGGUCUCUCGUGUACUCCUAUCGGAAAGUACCCAGGUCAAUCGUUUUACCAAUGCUUGAAACCCAAAAUUCAGCACGACCCCGCUAACAUGGCCUGACCUGCCGAACAAUAAAGCGCACUCCACAUCUGUCUGUUUCAUUCAGAUAUGUAUUAAUAAAUGUGAAAAUCGA